UGCCAGGUUCUGUUUCUCCCUCCCAGAAGCCCUGCGCCCAGCUUCCUGGUUCCCCUCCAGACAGCUUCCCUCAGCGCUAGCCUCGCCUCCAAGGAGACAGCCCCCAACAACCCUCAACUGCCCAUCAUGGCUGAAUGGGUCCCUCCUGCUCAGUCUUCCAGGGGGCCUUCUGGCGAGCUCCCAGAGGCUGGCUUCCCCAAAGAGGCACAGCUGCAGACAGCCACGAUUUCCCUGUGGACGGUGGUGGGGGCUGUCCAGGCCAUGGAGCGGGCAGUGGAGGCGCACGCACUGCGGCUGCUGAGCCUGGAGCAGAGGUCGGGAAUGGCGGAGAAACGGUUUGCGGCCUGUGAGAAGGCGUUGGCGGAGAUGGGAAGCCAGCUGGAGAGCAGGGGGACGGUGCUGGGGACCCUCUUGCAAGAAUAUGGGCAGCUCCAGAGGAGGCUGGAGAACGUGGAGAACCUGCUCAAGAACUGGAAUUUCUGGGUCCUGAGGGUCCCUGCAAGCUCCUCUGGAGAGGCUUUCAAGGACUCAGCCGCCUUGGAUGAAGCCUCGAGCCAUUUUUCUCACGAUAAAUGGGAAAACCUACAGGAGUGGCAGAAGGAUCUUUACAAGAACGUGAUCAAGGGAAACUGCGAGUCUCUGAUCUCACUCGACUUUGCCGUUUCUAAACUGGAAAGUUUGACCUGUAUAGAAGAAGGGGACCCACCGUGUGGUCUAACUCAGGCAGACUUGGGGGAGGAGCCCCAAGAGCCCCCAGCCAAUACUGGAAGAGAACCGUCUUCUGUGGGAACCGAGGUGAUCUCUUGGAUUAAACAAGAGGAUGGCGUGUGCAGGAGGGACCUGGGGAAAGUGCCAAGCGGAGGCCUCCUUCAAAGCACCUGCAACUAUUAUACCGUUUCGAAAUUGGAAAGUUUACCAAGGGACAGGGACGGGGUCCCACCCUGCCUUCCUUUCCAGCCAGACUUGGAACCAGAGGCUGACACCAUCUCUGUUGUACAGAAAACAGAUUUGCCUGGUUCUAGAACAGACUUGAUUUCCUGGAUCAAGGAGGAGGAGCUGGGCGGAGAUGGUCAAAGCACUUCUAACGACAGGCACCUCCUACAGGCGGAGGAACACCAGCCAGAAGACCCUGCCAACCCGCCCCUGCUGCUCUUUUUCCCAGGCGGGUCAGUGGCCCCCAUCUGCAACGGCGCCAUUGGCGAGAGCCAUCCUCUUCCGCCCCUUCACAGUGCAUGCAUUGGGCCCAGAGCCGUCGAGAGCCAUCCAAGCUCUCCUGAUGCAGCCGCUGAAGCGGCGAUGGACCGGCCGCACACCUGCCCGGAGUGUGGGAAGACGUUCAGCCUCCUGCUCAGCCUCCAGAUCCACCAGAUGAACCACCAGAAGAAGAAGCUCUACGAGUGCGUCUACUGCGGGCGCACCGUAGGCUGCCCCUCGGAGCUCGCCCGGCACGAGAUGAUCCAUACCAAAGAGAGGCCCUACAGGUGCGCCGUCUGCGGGAAGGGCUUUGUGCGGAAGCAGCACCUCACCCCCCACUUACGGCUGCACACAGGCGAGCGGCCCUACCAUUGUGCCGAGUGUGGGAAGAACUUCAUCUGUAAGCACCACCUCCUGGAGCACCAGCGCACCCACACGGGGGAGAAGCCCUACGCCUGCACCGAGUGCGGGAAGACCUUCAGGCGGAAGAAGUCACUGAAGGACCACAUGCGCAUACACGGUGCGGAGCAGGGGCAGACAGACUCAGCCCGGGAUCUGCCAGAGGAGCCCCAGAACGACACGGACGCUGGGACAGAAAGUGCAAGGUAGCGAAAGGCAGGCGGCCGCCUCAUUCCCAAAGGAAGUCGUCGUCCUACGUUACGCACUGCUACGAGUCGAAAACUUGUUAGGAAAAAGCAGCCAGUGCUGCAAUCAGAAUAAAGUUCUGCUUGUUUGGCCUCAUUUAUUCUGCUCCUGCUUGGCCCCAGGGAGGGGUUACACCCAGCACUAAAGCCUGCCUCCCCCACGGAGGCCCCCCCCCAUGCUGUUGCCUCGCACAUUUUUGUGUGUCACGUCUCUGUCAUGUUGUGGUUCUCCCCCCCGUCCAGAAAGUUCAUUUUGAAUUCUGAGCCAUGUUGGCAGCCCCUCCACCAGCAGCUUGAUUAG